GAGAGAGCGGCACCAGUCAGACCGGGUUCUGAAGGUAUGAGCUGUGCAGACCGCAGGGGUUCCCAGGAAGCGCGCACUGCACCCUCACUCUGCGGGAAUGCUGGACCUGAGUGCGGGAUGGAGCCUUUCGUUCGCCGGCUGCGGCUUUUUAGGGAUUUACCACCUCGGGGUAUCCAGUUGCCUCCUGGAGCGCGCGCCUUUCCUCGUGCACCAAGCCAACAAGAUCUACGGAGCUUCAGCUGGAGCGCUUAAUGCCGCGAUGCUCACCAGCGGAGCGUGCUUAGAAAAGUGCUGCGAGAACGUGAUCGAGGUCGCAAAGGAGGCUCGGAAGCGCAACCUCGGCCCCCUGCAUCCCACGUUCAACCUCGUGAAAGUGCUGCGCUCUGGCCUGCAGCGAGACAUGCCCAGAGAUGCUCACACACUCGUCAGCGGCAGGCUGUGCGUGUCUCUCACACGUGUCAGCGACGGAGAGAACGUGCUGGUCUCCGAGUUCAGCUCCAAAGAGGAGCUCAUUCAGGCGCUCAUCUGUAGCUGCUUCAUCCCAGUCUUCUGUGGUCUGUUUCCUCCUGCCUACCGUGGAGUUAGAUAUGUUGACGGUGGGGUGAGCAACAAUCUCCCCCAGUCUGAGCUGAAGAACACAAUCUCCAUCUCGCCGUUCUCCGGAGAAAGCGACAUUUGCCCCAAGGACAAUUCCAGCAGCUUACACGAGCUGCGGUUUACCAACACUAGCAUACAGGUCACCUGGGGAAAUGUGUGCCGGAUCAGCCAAGUGUUUUUCCCUCCCGAGCCUAAGGUAAUGGCAGAGCUGUGUCAGCAAGGCUAUAAAGAUGCGCUACGAUUCCUCGAGGAUAACCAUCUGUUGCACACCGAAUGUCCAAAAGUAGAUCUGGUCCUGAUGCGGGACACACCCAAGUGCUGCUGUGUCACCGAGUCGACACGGGAGUGGAUGCUGCGGAGACUCCGCCUGCUUGGGGAGCACCACUGGUGGUUGGAUGAGGAGCUUGUUAAUCACCUGCCCACACCUAUUAAAAAAGUGUUCUGUGAGGCGUGUAAAGGGAAGGAUGGCCUGAUGGCUCAGAUCACUGGUUUGUUUCCGGUACGCGUUGCUUCCUACAUGAUGAUGCCCUACACACUGCCGGUGGAGUCGGCUUACUCUGCAGUCCAGAGAUUCGUGGAAUGGAUUCCAGAGGUGCCUGCUGACGCACGCUGGCUUAUUGAGAUGGCAGGAAGUGUAUAUAAACAAGCCUGGAAAGGAGAUUCCUCAAAAGGUGGUUUCCCGUUGCGGCGCUGUGUAAGCGGCCCACCCUCGCUGAACCUGCAGCCGCAUAACAUGCACAAACGACACGUCCCUUUUUCCGCCGUUGAUUUGCACAAAUACAACUGGGAUUACUCCGAAACCCCAGACUACCCCGACAGUUCGUGCACCUCUCCUGAGAAGAUCAGCAUGUAUGUCGGAUUGCCGGACAAUUCCGACAGCUGAAUACGGCAAGACGUGGACACAAAUGGAAGUCUCGAAAUAUUACCACGGAUCCAUAAACGUAGAGUUUUGUCACCUUCACCUUCUAUGAGAUGAGACUGAUUUUCCCAAGUGCACUUAAAACUAGAACACAAAUGUAAAUCAAGAAAUAUUACGUUUUUGUUUACAUGAUGUCAUGAUUAUUUUAAUCUAUAAAUGGCUGCCAUUUCUACAUGAUGCACCUUAAAAGAGAAAACAAACAUCUCGGCAUAAACCAAAUGCUGCGGUGGAAUAAUGUUAUCCAAAUGAAUUGAUUUCUGUGAAACCUAAUUAUAAUCUUGUGAAUAAAUAUAACACUCAGUCAGAA